AUGAUGCCCCUUAUGGACCAGAACUUCUAUUACAUAGGAUUGAAAUCCACGUCAGCAUCGUACACUUCUGCCUUUACCAAUGCACUUCCCGCCGUCACCUUCAUUCUCGCCCUCAUUUUCAGGCUUGAGACAGUGAACUUUAAGAAGAUACACAGUAUUGCAAAAGUGGUUGGAACGGUAAUAACGUUAGGAGGAGCAAUGGUGAUGACUUUGUACAAAGGUCCGGCCAUCGAGAUCGUGAAAGCUGCCCAUUCUUCCUUCCACGGUGGCUCAAACACGGCCACAGGUCAGCACUGGGUCACCGGAACCUUAGCCAUCAUGGGCAGUAUAUCCACUUGGGCUGCUUUCUUCAUUUUACAAUCGUUCACAUUGAAAAUUUAUCCAGCUGAACUAUCUCUUGUGACGUUGAUAUGUGGGAUUGGGUCGAUCCUAAACUUCAUCGUUUCAAUGAUAUUUGUUCGUGACUUGAGCGCUUGGAAAGUCGGCUUGGAUUCCGGAACACUCGCGGCUGUUUACUCUGGAGUGGUUUGUUCGGGCAUAGCGUAUUACAUACAAAGCAUAGUAAUUAAGCAACGUGGCCCUGUGUUUACGACGUCGUUUAGUCCAAUGUGUAUGGUCAUUACUUCAUUCCUCGGUGCCCUUGUUUUGGCUGAGAAAAUUCACCUCGGAAGUAUAAUCGGGGCGAUUUUCAUCGUCAUUGGACUAUAUAGCGUGGUUUGGGGCAAAAGUAAAGACGUAGUGAAUCCUCUAGAUGAGAAAAUCGUAGCUCAACAAGAGCUUCCGAUCACUAACGUAGUCAAACCAUUGAACGGUCAUAAUGUCUCGGGAGCACCAGCGAAUGGUCAUGAUGUCUCGGGAGCACCAGCGAACGGUCGUGAUGUAUCGGGAGCACCGACAAACGGUGUGCUUACCAGUACUUGAAUCCAUCCCGUAAGAGAAAAAGAAAGAUACAAAGAACCAAACAUGUCAUCUCCUUUGGGGUUGAAAUUUUGAUAUCUUUCUUGCUGUUUUUUUUGUGUUUUCUUUUAACUUUAAUAUCUUCUUACAAUAUCUAUGUUUUAUUUUUAUCUGAUUCUACGUACUUUCGUAGUUUCGUGUAUUUUAAAAUUCCAAAAAUGAUGAAUGAGUCAUUUGGUAAAAUUCGCACCGUAACAAAAAAAAAAGAGCCAUAUCCAAUAGAAUUGGAGAAUCUAGUGUCGAAGUUUGGAUAUUAUACUAAAUAAAGGGGUUUCUUUGUAACUUACUAAAAUAAAAAGCUUUACGCGUCUAAAAC